GAAUAGCGGUAAACUGUGUGUGUGAAUGUCUCUGGUGCCGCAUGUGCGCAGUUGAAGGGACGUGAGGUGCAGAGGGGAAGCUGUAGCUUCAGGAUAAACGGAAGCGGGCAGAGUGCGAUUGUGAUGAACAUGGCGACUUCGCUAACGUGCAGGAGAAGUACUGAUAGAGCCUGUUCUAAAGGCUUCAUCGCGGCCGCGUUGCUGCUCAUUAUUUCUCUGGCACCGCAAGCGGCCUUGUGCAAGAAGAGCCAUCUCCGAGUUGUCACUGACGGGAACUGGCAGGAAAUUCUGGAAGGAGAGUGGAUGAUAGAAUUCUUUGCCCCGUGGUGCCCAGCCUGCCAGCAGCUCCAGCCCGUGUGGAAUGAGUUUGCGGAAUGGGCGGAGGACAUGGGGGUCAAUAUUGCCAAGGUGGACGUCACAGAAGAGCCAGGUCUGAGUGGUCGCUUCAUUAUCACGGCUCUUCCAACAAUCUACCACUGUAAAGAUGGAGUAUUUCGGAGGUACCAAGGUGCCAGGACGAAAGACGACUUCUUGAGCUUCGUUGACGAGAAGAAAUGGCAGGACAUUGAGCCUGUUUCUUCCUGGUUUGGACCUUCUUCCUUCCUGAUGAACACAAUGUCAGCUCUCUUCAAACUCUCAAUGUUCAUACGGCAUUGCCAUAACUACAUUACAGAGCAAAUUGGAAUUCCAGUAUGGGGAUCCUAUGCAAUCUUUGCACUUGCGACUCUCUUCUCAGGUCUUGUUUUAGGACUGAUCUUGGUGUUCAUCGCUGACUGCGUCUUCCCAUCCCGCCGAUUUGCCCCGCCGGGUCAUUACCAAAAGAAGCAGGCUCUGGAGCAGGCUCGCCUGAUAAAGAGGCUGGAGGAUGAGCAGGAGGCGGACGGGGAGGAGGAGGAUGAAGAUGAGUGCGAGGAAGAGCGGGGGCGGGAGGUGUGGAGGAAGAAUCAUCAUGGUGGGCACCAGGAGGUGGAGGACUGGGAGGGGCAGAGCCAGGAGGACCUGCUGCCAAGGAGAGAGAGACUGGAGGCAGAGGAGGAGAGUUCUCACGAAGCCCUUCGCAGGAGAAUGCCUGCAGCCCAGGAGGAGGACACCUAAGUGGGAGGAAGGGAACUGCACACACCCCGAGCAGUGGACAGUGCUUCUCACUGUCCCCUGGGUGAGAAGUGGCCCGCGCAUCUGAAGACAACACAACUGGCUGCUCCUGACUGCAGCUUGUACAUCUCUCUGCUAGGAGUGAGCUGACAUUUAAAAUUGGAAAGUUUCUUUAAUUGAAGCAUGGUAUAUUACAAGUAUUUAUAAGCUGUUCAUUUUAAAAAUGGAGGUUUACGUAGACUUCUAUAAGGUAUUUGCUUUAGCAAUCCUUUAGAAUUUGGUUUUGCUCAUUUAUAUUUAAAUUUCCACUGUAGUCUCCCUAAGAUUCCUUUUCUUCCCUGUUGUUGGACUACAGUCUGGUUGUGUCGGUGUCACAGACCCUCUACAAGACCCUUUACAAGGUUGUAAAGGAGAUGUUUUUUUUUUUUUAGGAUUUUGAAUGGGGGAAUUAAGGAUGCACUUAAGCUUGCUUUUCUUCAGUUUGACUUUAUUUGACCCCCUCUAUACUUGCACUCCUUAAAAAAGUUCACUAGUGGAUUCAUUAUGAAUCAUUACGUCUUAGCUUUCCUUGAAGUGCUCCUGUUUUUUACAGCUGAGUCACAGAUCUUGGUGUUAAUAGUCAUUCUUAGGAUUCGGGUAUUUUCAUCAAUAUGUGUCAGGCUGUUUAAAAAUGAUGCCUUUGAAACGGUGUUGAUACCUCUCAAAAUACAUUCACCACCCCUCAUUUUGUACAGGAGGAAAAUAAGGAAUUUCAAUCAAGUGCUUGACAAUGUAAAGAGAAAUGACAAAACAAGAGGUACACCAGGAGCAUUGUAACCGUCAAGGCAAGUUUUGCCCAGUUCCAUGCAGUGUAAAAUAUGGAGGAAUAUUUAAAACUGCUUGACAUAAUAUUUUUGCAAACGAAUAGUAUUACUUGGGUGUAUUAUCUGAUCUGACAGAUACAUUUCAAUGUGGUACUUUAUCUGUUGAUUUGAAGAUGGUAUUUAGGUUCAAUUAGAAUUGAGAAACCUUUCUCGUAGUUCUUGUCGAGGUACGCAUUUGACUGUUUUUGAUAUGAGAAUGAAAACGGAUUAGUAAUGAGGGAAGUGGCUUUUGGGAAAAUUAGCCAUAAAAAAUGCAUAAAUGUCUUAAGGGUAAAUGUGUUACUUUUGCUGGGACUUACGAGAACGUGUAACAACAGUUUGUUCAUGAACCAAGACAAGUUCUUCAUUAUACAUACACUCCUGUCGUUCCUGUUUUAAUAAGAAACUUUCUGUAACAUACAGUACCUGAAUUUGAACUCGUAAGUAAAAAUGUGAGCAAAAAACAAAAUGAUUGCAAAUGGCAGCUUUGUAUAUUUCUUUUUAGGUUCUGUAAUGGAGAAGCAGGUCUAAAACAAUAUGCAGAACAGUAGAACCUACAUUUACAUAUCGUGUUGCAUUUUGAAGUUUUGAAAUUUUAGACUACGUAAAAGAGAACUGUAAGGAGAGUUUUCAUAUGUAAAGCAUCAGAAUUUCCCAGUAAGUAGUAACAUGAACCUGUAUGCAAAACUGCUGCUAUAAAUGUAGCUUACAUGAACAAGAAAAAUUGACUUAAGAACAGUUAUUGCUUGUAGUAUGAAUUGGUUUUCAUGCCAGUAUGGAAUCAUCUCUUUUUCUGGUUUGCUUUCAUUCCUUAAAAAGGCGAAUCUGUACAGUACUUUUAUCUUUUUAUUUUAUUUGGGUUCAGUUUGCAGCAUUGUUUUACAGUCAAUACUUGACCUUGUCUUCUGCUCCCAUGUAGAAUUCAGUGAGUACAGAUCCUGGCUCAGCACCAUCUGAACAUUCAAAUGAAUGCUAGGCUUACAAAUGACAUGCUGCUCCUUCUUCCACAGCCUGGACACCGUAUUUAAUACUAUACUCUCUUUAACAGUGACAAUCUUCCACCUACUUUAUGAUGUGACUGUUCUUUAAACCCAGCUGUAUUUUAUUGGAUGCUGUCUCUCUGCCUAAGAAAAUGCAGAAGCUGCACAAAUUGCUUCUAUCUAUAGCUCGCACAGUGCAUUCUGGGCCAGGUUCACUGCCAAUGCUCUGCAUUAGCACCAGUAUUUCUUACGCGUCAAAACAGUUGUUUGAUUGCAGAACAAUCCACAGAGGACUCAGUGUUACAUUUAUGCCAAAAGGUAUGUUGGGGCUGCUUUGCCCAAGUAAAAUAAUACCCACCUGAGUAUGAUUUCUAAAUACAGUUUGAAAUAUGCUCCUGGUUAGCAAGGGGAAUAUUGAACAUGAAAACUGAACAAGCCAGGACAGUUCUCAGUUGUGUAAUAGAGUUUAUCUGCACUGGUUGCUCAAAUUCUUAGGCAACCAGUGAGGGCCUUCAGUGGCACAGAGUAGAUUAUUUAGAAUUAUUAAAGAAAUAUAGUUAUAAAAACUAUUACCACUGCCAAGCCCAAUUGCCCAAUGUUCUGUUUUAAAGUUUUUUGUAAAACUGGCCUGUACAAUACACGUGUGAGAGCCUUAUUGUUUUUUGGAUUCACUGAAGCUCAGGAAAUGCUCCUAGGCUCAGAAAGUUUGCUUUUACCUCACAGCUGAGGUUUAAAGUAACAAGGAGUAAAAGACUGCUGAAUUCACACCUUACAGUAAGGACAAAAAUGUAUAAAUAAAAAAUACAAAGUUUCUUCCAGUAAGCCAAAUCAUUUAAUUUGUCCUAAAACUGCUUUAUAUGUGUCCGGCAAAAUCUGCACAAUAUAGAUUUUGUAUUUUUGCUUUGCAUUUGUAUUGUAGUACUUCAACCUUACCAGCAGAGGGUGCAACUCAACUUCUUUAUCAGUCAUAAAUUUAUUAUUCUAUUGACGUCUUGGCAAUGGGUUUUGAAACAACCUAAGCAUACAUUAAGUGGAACAUUGAAAUAUAUUUUUUUGUUAUUUUAUACGAUUUAGAUAUAAAAUCAUUAUUAUAGUUCUUAACCAUAGUGUAAACAGUACACAAGGUGGUUAUACAAUACUAAUAAACAACCCUUUUUUUGAUUUA